GUCGCUCUCUCUAUCUCGCGCGAGCUCUCAUCCCUCGCGCGCUGUGCAGCUGAACUACGGCGUUGGCAGAUAAUAUAAAAAAAUCUGCCUCUUUGCUUCAAGCGUUGGAAGAAUAUUUUGGAACGGAAAUCAGAGGAGCUCGUGGUCAUACAUCCCAGUGGGUUCUAUGCUGUGAGUCUCUACAGCAGUAUUGAAUCCCAGUAGUCUGGACCACAACCACAAACAACCAGUGACGGCUGUAGAACCACUCCACUAGACCGAAACUCAACCACAGACCGUUAGAGGACUUCUCCCUGUUCCGCUACCUCACUUACCAAAACCACUGUGGCACGGGAGGAAGAGGAGGAAGGAAGAAGAUCAUGCCCAGAAGGAGAGUAAAUCAUCAGUGAAGAGAAGAGGUGAUGCUUCUGGAUUAAGAAGACAGACAGACAGCAGACCAAGAGACAGACAGGCAGAUCAGACUCACGUCUCUCCAGCGGAUCCUGCUACUUCCUAUCAGAUCAAUCAACAAGACUUCCUGUCGGAGAGAUUAUGAGGAAUAGCUGUUAAACUCGCCACGGCAGUCCAACAGGAAGUGAAAAGACAUGGGGACUCUGCUAAUCACCAUGACAACCACACAGCUGUGACUGACUGUGUGAGGCCCCUCCCUCUUUUUCUACACCCAAGCUAAACCCAUUUUCCCCUUUCUGAGGACAACCUAGCUACGCCAGUCCAUCCCCCACGCUCUUUGUCCUUUAAACUCAACCUCGCUUUCCCUUAUUUCAAUCCCACGUUUCCUCCAUCUUAACAAAACCUCCCUCUUCAUUCGUCCUCCUUCUCUUCCCUCCAUCAUCAUGCUCAGCAGGCUUCACACUCACUCCUCCUCUUCCUCUCCAUCUACCCCCACCCUCCUCAUCCUUCCCUCUCUCCUCCUCUUCCUCCACCUUCCGGGCCUGGUCUGGGGGGACUGCUGGCUGAUCGAGGGGGACAAGGGCUACGUGUGGCUAGCCAUCUGCAGCCAGAACCAGCCUCCAUAUGAGACCAUCCCCCAGCACAUCAAUAACACGGUCCAUGACCUGAGGCUCAACGAGAACAAGCUCAAAAUGAUCCCCUACACCUCCAUGUACCGCUUCACCAACCUCACGGACCUCAACCUCACCAAGAACGAGAUCUCCUACAUCGAGGACGGGGCCUUCGCUCAACAGGCCAACCUACAGGUUCUCCAGCUGGGCUACAACAAACUGACCAACCUGACAGAAGCCAUGAUGAGGGGCCUGGGCCGGCUGCAGUGCCUCUUCCUCCAGCACAACCUCAUUGAGGUCAUUGGCAAUAAUGCAUUGGAUGAGUGCCUCAGUCUCAACAGCAUUGACCUGUCGUCCAAUAAGCUGGCCCGCCUCGACCCCUCCACCUUUACCAUUUUGAAUCGCCUCAUGGUGUGUGAGCUGGCUGGGAACCCCUUCCAUUGUGGCUGUGACUUGUACAACUUCCUCACCUGGCUGGAGGCCUUCAAUAACGUCACACACACCUACGACCGGCUCCAGUGCGAGACCCCCAGGGAGAUGUUUGGCUACCCACUCCUGAGUCCCAUCGCGUCCGGCCACGCCGGGCACAACGCUCGGACGAUUCUGUCCUCUGUCUGCCGGGAUGGGGUCUUCAUCCCCGGGAUGACGUCUCUCCCGCCAGACUCAGAUUCCUCCGGAAUGGGCCCGGACAUGUUUGACCGCGUGGGUCCGUACCACCAACCCACCACCUCGUCUUCCUCCACGGAGCACAGCUUCAGCCCCAGCAUCAAGCUCCACCACGUGUCCCUCUUCACGGCCUCUAUCAUGGUCCAGAUCCCCAGACCUUACAGCAAGAUGUACAUCCUGGUGCAGUACAAUAACACCUUUGUCUCUGAUGUCAUGAACCUGAAGCUCAAGAAGGAGAUGAUCACACUGAACAAGCUCAAGCCACACACCAACUAUACCUUCUGCGUGGCUUCCAUCAGGACCUCCCAGCGCUACAACCACACCUGUCUCCAGUUCUCCACCCGAGCCCAGAACCCCGACGACAUGCCGCCAACACCUUCCACCACCACCCACUACAUAAUGACCAUCGUGGGCUGCCUCAUCGGGAUGCUCUGCAUCCUGGGCCUCAUCUACUAUUGUCUGAGGAAGAAGAGGAGGCAUGAGGAGAAGCAAAAGUCCAUCUGUGUGAAGAAAACGAUUCUAGAAAUGAGGUAUGGCCCGGAGGUGGCGGCGGCCGUGGGGAACGACCCGUCUGCGGUGCAGAAGCUCCAGGAGCAGGCCCAGGGUCAGGGCCACCACCAGUACCAGCACCACACGCACGGGGGCAAGCUACCAAUGUCUGCCUCCUCCUCGGGCAUGCUUCACUCCGCCAACACCUCUUCAUCCAGACUCUCCUCCAUCCCUCAGGAUAAGAUGCCCACCGCCUUCUCUGAGGCCAUGCUGACCAGCAAAGGCAACUACAUGGAUGUGAGGACGGAGGGGGUGAUGAGAGAUGGAGGGAUGGGAGGAGGACAGGGAGGGAUGAAGGAUGAGGAUCUAAGAGAAGAGGACGGGACGGACGUGGGGGAGGAUUCAGACGAUGACGGGCGAGGCUCGGCCUCGGAGAUCUCCACCAUCGCCAUGGAGGUGGAUAAGGUCAACCAGAUCAUCAAUAACUGCAUCGACGCCCUGAAGCUGGACUCUGUCAUGGCCGCCUCCUCCACUGCCUCUUCCACCACCACCACCUCCUACCCCACCUCCCCUCCACCCACUUGCACCUCCUCCUUGACCCGUGGCCUCAUCCCUCUUUCCCCCGGCAUCACUGAGACCUGCCCGGGCCUGCCCUCCCCUACCACCAAGAUCCCUCCUCCACCGCCACUCCCCUUCUCCGUCCCUCUCUCGGAGCGUCCGGGGAUCAGUGGCGGGGGGUUUGUGUCGCCGCCCUACCGGCCGCCUCCCCCUGCGUCCGCUGUGCGCCCCGUCGUGAGGCAGAUGAGCGCUGACGCUGCGGUGGUGAUCAGUGCCGUGAAGAAGCAGUGCAGCACCUCGUCCUGCAACUCCAUGGGACGUGACCGGGAACGAGGGACCGGAGGAGGAGGCCGGGUCUACAGCCUGGACAUCCACGAGCCCCGCAGCCCGGACCCCUGCCAGCAGUACCCAGGAGAGAGAGGCAGCCCCGCGGGGUGUGGAGAGCCCCUGGAGCGGCUGCCUCUGGUGCGGAGCGGCGAUGGAGGAGGUGGGGGUGGUGGGUGUGGUAGUGGAGGUGGUGGUGGUGUUGAUGGUAUUACCAACCAGCAUCACCAGCACCAGCAGCAGCAGCAGCAGCAGGGACAGGAACAGCAGGAGGACUACCACUGCUCAGAGCACCGCCACUCCGUCCCAGCUCUGUACUACGAGGGCUCCCACCAGGGCUCGCCGCACCAGAGGGCCUCCUUCCUCAAGCCCCUGACCCGCUCCCGCCGUGACGCCGCCUCCUACUCGCAGCUCUCGCCCUCCCGCCACCAAAACUACUCUGGGUACUCCUCCAGCCCUGAGUAUUCCUCGGAGAGCUCUCUGAGGAUCUGGGAGAGGUUCCGGCCCUACAGGAAGGGCCAGAGGGAUGAGUCAUGCUACGUCACGGCCGGGAACGCCUUAAGGAAGAAGGUGCAGUUUGCCAAAGGGGAGGACCUCCACGACAUCCUCGACUACUGGAAGGGCGUGUCAGCCCAGCAGAAGCUGUGAAAGGAAGACAGGAAGUGAGAGUGAGACAUUGUGGGAAAUUGAGUUUUGAGUAAUGGGUCUUUUGUUGAUCCCGGUGAACUACCAAUUUGAGAUACCAGCCGAAAGAAAAGGGAGAAAAUGAAAUGAAUGAGGGUGGUGAAAGAGUUAAGUUGAGUCUGACUCAUUUACAGUAGGUUUCAUUGAUCCAUGUCAAAACAUGUUAUCAUCAGCAGGACCAGAGCUGAGAGAGAUGACAGUACAGCAGGGUCAUUGUGGACUGUAGGACUACUUCUGGAACCUGCUCAUCAUCUUUACAGUUAUAAUUAGAGACAGGGAGCCCAGGCCAACCAUCCAAUCAGUAUUCAGUGAACACUUCAUGUGGAAUUCACCUGUUGGAGUGUCAUUCUCUGUGCCACACUUUCAUCUGUGUGUAGAGACGGGAAAUCAGAUGACGUAACGCCUGUUUGUGUCUACAUUGAGUGUAUGCGUGUGUCAUCGAGUGUACUGUAUGUGUGUGUGUCAGUGUUUUUGUGUGUGUGUGUGUAUGAGUCAGUCUAAACUCCUACACAUGUUUUUGGGCGCAUGUAGGGCGCGGAGAUAAUGUCUGUGUUGGUGAGACAGAAACACAGUGAGAUAAUAUACCCAGAGAGAGUGAGAGAAAUAGAGAGAGAGAGAGAGAGAGAGAGAGAGAGAGAAUGAGAGAGAGAAUGAGAGAGAGAGAGAAUGAGAGAGAGAGAGAGAGAGAGAGAGAGCGAGAGAGAGAGAGAGAGAGAGAGAGAGAGAGAGAGAGAGAGCAAUACAAAGGUGGAAAACAUGGUGAUUGUGAACAGAGCUGUCAAGCAGUCUCUCCCUCCUAUCCCUCAGAUCAUCCAUGCUAUUGGAUGGUGCACAAACAUUUGCAUUUCAAUAGUGGCUGUCACAGUCACAGCAAGCUGGGAGGAAUAAAAAGGAAAAACUGAAAACACUCAGGGAGGCUUUACGGUGUGAGGAUGCAGGCUUUUGUUGUGUCUCAAAUGCCACCCUAUUCCCUAAACAGUGCACUACUUUUGACCAGGGCCUAUGGGGAAUAGGCUGCCCUUUGUGACACAGACUUUGGGUCUUCAGUCAGCCAUAGCACAGGACGAGCCAACCAGGCAGGCAGGGUGAUACAGGCCAGACGUAACCUCCUGUGAAGAUAGGGAAUUGACACAGCAGUGUAAAACAGUAGCCCCUGGAGCAGAGACAUGUCGCUAGGAGCUCCAGGGAGGAGGAUCAGGUAUCUGGUCCUACAUGUUGAUCUAUGAUCAGACAUUUAACCUGGACCGUGGGAAUGGGACUCAGAUUGUGAACAGUUGUAUUGUUGUUAUCUGUGUCUUGGGUAGCGGUCGCUGUGACUUACUAGGUUCUGUAGACAGAUACAGAGAGAGAUGGAGAGACCGUAAAACACAGAGAUAAGAAAAGAGAGUAAGAAAAGAGAAGGGAGAGAGAUACAUUCUGCGUAUUGUGCAUAUUCAUGUCAGCAGAUUAAUGUGGGUCAACAGAGCUAAAAUACAGACAAUGUGCAUCAUUUGAUGUGAGCACUUUGUGUGCUGCUGGCAAUCCUUUUGUCGAGAUGAAUGUGGCUUAAAACGUCCACGUUUAAUAAUGUGAUCAAAAAUGGAUCGUGGUCUUUAACUGGUGACCCACUUCACACAGGUUCACCCACACAGUUCCCCUGUACAGCAGUUCUAGCUCAAGAGAAUAAUACCCCUCUUAUUUCAUGACAACUGAAGGAGGGGCGGAGUAAGGAGGUACACCUUUAAUUAACACCAACACCUCUUUCUGGAUAUUAACACCAUGAUUGUCCACUUUAAUUAGACACACUAAUUAGCAAUUAAACAAGACUGUGUCAUGGGGAGGUUGUGUACGUGUGUGUGUGUAUAGGGUCGGUCAAUAUGCAGCGGUGGGUUGUGUGUAGAGUGCUUAAGCUAAUUGAAUUAGAUCUGCCUGCCUGGCUCGAGAGUUGAUUAGGAGUCUGUGAGAUUGGAAUAUUGACAGGCAACUGUGGAGAAAUGCAUAAACAAGGAGAGAACAGCUCAUAUCCACCUACACACAGACACACACACAGAGAGAGAGAGAGAGAGAGAGAGAGAGAGAGAUAGAGAGGGUACAUUCACCUAGUCCACUUUAAUGCAUGACCCAGCUGUUAACCUUUUCAGUAGAGUGACCUGUGUGUAUUAAUCCUAUAGGAGGCAGUCUGUCAUUGUAACAGCUGGCUGCGUAUGAAGGACCAGUGUUGGGGAGUAGUGAACUACAUGUAGUCCAACUAGUAAUGUAACUACAUUUUGCAGUAACUUGAUGGUAGCUGAGUUAAAUUACAAUCUUAGUUGUGUUUUCAGAAGUUCUUUACUUUUCCGAGGUCUGGCUUGCUACUGGAACUACACACGACUUUUUUUGUGUGCAAAAAGUAGGAAAAAAACCGAUAUGGCAUCAGACCUGCCUAAUUCUCACUUGAGACAUAGUUUUUGUGUUUAAUAGGAUAAAUUACACAUUCUGUUAACAUCUAACUACAGAGCGAUCUGUUCUUGCUAUUUGUAUUCUAUGACAUUUCAAAUGUACAUAUCAUUUUUCAUGGAGUAGUUUUUCAUUCAGGGAGGAGGAUCAGGUAUCUGGUCCUACAUGCAUUUUUCAUGCAGUGAACUGCUUUUUAAAAGUCACUUUAGUUCAGUAAACUAUAAACUCUUUCUUAAGGGCAGCUUUAGUGUAGUUUAACUUCUUCCAGUGUGCAGUAAUUGGUAGCUUGGAAAUCUAUAUUUUCAGAGCAGCUUCCCCAACACUGUCAAGAACACACUGACAGGUUGGAGUCACCUCUCUAGAGAAAUGGGAAACAGGGGAUAUCCUGUGCUGAAGUCUCCCAGGUUAGAUGGACCGAUAUGAUUUACUAUGACUUUACAUACAGCAUUUUAGUGCAUGAAUGAACUCUCCAGAGGUGAUGCAUUUGAUUUAAAAUAGGGGUCAAUAGGGUACGUUUCUAUCAAUAGCAACAGUGUUGUAGUGUGAUGUAAGGUGGUAGCCAAGGAGAUACUUUUCAUAAGGAUAAAAUGUUCCGAAAGUGAAUUUCAGCCUCCCUCUCUCUCUUUCUCUUUCUUUCGCUUUUUCACCCUCUGUGUCCUCUUGUAUGAGUGUUCACUGUUCCACACACACACACACACACACACACACACACACACACACACACACACACACACACACACACACACACACACACACACACGCCCCUAAGCGCCUGGGCCUAAUGGGAAUGUGGCGUCAGUGGUGUGUAGCGAUUGAACACGACAUCUCUGCAUGGGCUUCAGCAGAAUAACACCUGUCCCCCUUUAUCCAAGGAGAAAAGCUGGAAAUUCCCUUCCUCUGAGAGUUGGAUUGUAUUAGCUCUCCUCCUGCACAAGAUUUGUUUCACUCCCUCCUUUUCCACUUUCUCUUCCUUUUUCUUUUUUUCACAAAUAUUUGAUCUUGUUUCACCUGCGCUUGUUUGUGAUGAAAUGAUGCAUGUUGAAUACAAACCAGUCUGUGGGUGAGAGUGGUUAAAAUGAGUAAAUGUUAUAUAAAUGUUACCUGGAUGUUACAAGGGGUGUUUUUUUUUCGGUUCCCUCAGCUCUCUCUGUUUGAAGUAGUGUUGGGUUAUGAUUGGUUUAUCCUGCGAGACUGAUCCGAGGUCAAAGGUCAUAUUCCAUACAGAUCCAUAGUGCUGCCAUUUUGGUUUUCCAUUGGAACCAACAAGGUCCUGGAAGGAAAGAGUCACAAUGCCAGCUCUCUCAGUGAAAGAGAUGAGAGGAAAUCUCACUGGAUUUACACAACUCUUUCCAGACUCUCCAGUCUUCCUGAAGGAAACAGCUACAACAAACAAACAAUUAUGUGGAUUUAAAGGUACGAUACCCACUGAUCUCCUCUCUCAGAGACACUACACCUGAAAACUGUACACAGGAACUGCUAUGCUACCGGAGGCUAACUGUGACUGACUCUGUCCUUCACCAUUCACACACAGAGGGAUUCUCAAGGAACCUGGCGAGAACGUUUAAAAACACACGAUCGGAUAGGUGACUUUUUUGUAAUUUUGGCUCCAAAUCCCUGAACUCCUAAUGUAAGUUUACAGACAUUGACACGUGUGAGAAAGUGUCCUGCCCCUUCAAAAAGACUCAGAUGGUUGACAGGAUGUCCAUCUGUACAAACCAGAGCCCAUACAUACAACCAUUACAACUGCCACCAUUUUGAGUGUGUUUGAAGUACAAUGUAACAAAAAAAGAUGUUUGGUUUGGUUGUUUCAUACUACAGUUUCAUACGUUUCAGAUGUUUUUAUGACUCAAUUUGCCAUUGGUUUGUUUUCUAUUCUAAAUUGUCAACUGUUUGACUCAAUUUGCCAUUGAUUAGUUAUUCUAUCUAAAUAGGAUGUAUGAAUCCCUAGGAGGAGUAAGACUGAAGCUCAUUCAAGUGCUCUCCUGCUCAAGGACCUGCCUCGAUCAUCACACAUCGUUUCCACAACAUUCCCAGAGUGCUUCUGUCACGUCAUAGCAACAUUUGCCCAUUUGUAAAAUGGUUCCUUUAGCCAAAGACAGUGGCAAUUAUAUUUGUAUUUUGUAAUAAUAAAAAAUAACCCCGUGGGGGCCUCU